AUGGAGAAGCCGUGGAGGUUGUGGGGAGCAGUGGAGCGUUGCUUCCUCACUUUGGUCUCCUGGUCGUGGGGCGCCUGCCGUGUCUCCCUGCUGGCCCUCAUCCUGACCUUCCACCUGUACGGGGGUUUUGUCCUCCUGGCUCUUAUCUUGGCCUCCGUGGCAGGCAUCUUGUACAAAUUUCAAGAUGCACUCCUCUACUUCCCCGACCAGCCAUCAUCCUCGCGCCUCUACGUCCCUGUGCCAACGGGCAUCCCGCACGAGAACGUAUACAUCCGCACCAAGGAUGGCGUCAAACUCAACCUCAUCCUUCUGCGCUAUACGGGCGGAGACGCAACUCCCGGAGCAACGGCCGCUCCCUCUCCCUCAUCGCCGCCCACCAUCCUCUAUUUCCACGGCAACGCGGGCAACAUUGGGCACAGAGUGCCUAACGCGCUGCUCAUGCUAGUCAACCUGAAAGCUAACGUGGUGCUGGUGGACUACCGCGGCUACGGCAAGAGCGAGGGCGAGCCUUGCGAGGAGGGCCUCCACCUGGACGCCGAGGCCACUCUGGACUACGUGAUGAGCCGGCCCGACUUGGACAAAACCAAAGUGAUACUGUUCGGCCGCUCGCUGGGGGGCGCCGUGGUCCUGCGCCUGGCGUCGGUCAACCCGCACCGUGUGGCCGCCGUGAUGGUGGAAAACACCUUCCUCAGCAUCCCGCACAUGGCCGCCACGCUCUUCUCUUUUCUGCCCUUGCGUCUGUUGCCGCUGUGGUGCUACAGGAAUCAAUUCCUGUCCUAUGUGCGGGUGGCGCAGUGCCGCAUGCCCUCACUUUUCGUCUCGGGCCUGUCGGACCAGCUCAUACCGCCGGUCAUGAUGAAACAACUGUACGAAAUGUCGCCAGCGCGGACUAAACGCCUGGCCAUCUUCCCCGAAGGCACUCACAACGACACGUGGCAGUGCCAGGGUUACUUCGCCGCGUUAGAGCAGUUCAUUGGCGAGCUGCUUAAGAGCCACGCCCACGAGGAGAGCGUGCAGACGUCUUCUAACGUCACCAUCAUUUGA